GUUCAGUGCGGAAACGAGCCGAAGAAAUGGCGGUUCCAGAGGUGCAAAGUCGGGUUUCUUCGGGUGAGAUACGAAUUCAAAACGAAAAAAACGAAGAAAUUAUUAUAUUAGAAGCUCAGUUAAAUAAAGUUCUAAACAGGCAUUUAGAACUUCUCAUCACACAUUUUGAAAAUUCUAAAGUACUGUUUAUGCCUUAUUCAAUCGAGACCAUCAGGCAAUUCGUUACUUACUUACAGACGGACGAUCCCGGAUUGACAUCUUUUACACACGCAUUCGAUCUGUAUCAUGUGAGUUUAAGAUACGAGUUAGACAAUUUAAGAAAGAAAUGCAAAUCAUUUAUCAUUCGAAAAAUAAAUCUGCAUACCGUCUGCGCAAUCCACGAUUUUGCACGUGAGAUCGAUGAUCUAACCAUAACUUAUUAUUGUUGGCUAGCUUUCGAUCAUCACGGAGAAAGACUACUUAAAACAGACGAAUUUAUGUGCUGUAAAAUUGCAACAAUUGAUAGAUUGCUAUCUCGAGCGAUAUAUAAAUCUGUCAGAGAAUUGCGUUUACUCCGAGCCGUGUAUUAUUGGAGCAUAGAAGAAGUUAAAAGAAAAUUGGGUGCAUGCUGCUUUCUUUCGAUGAAUGAAGAAUCGGAAAGGAAUGCAAUAAGAAAUGUUAUGGAGCCAUUUAUUGGAAAAGUCAGAUUUCUUGCCAUGAAUAAAGACGAAUUGCAAUCUUGUGUUUUUACAAUGAACUUGUUAAACGAAGUAGAAAAGAGUCAUAUCUGGAAUGCUUCUAAGUAUAAUUAUUAUUUCUUGUAUCCCAGUUACUUCAGUCGAGAAACAAAAACCAGAAACAAAAUAAAUUAUUAUAGCUUGUUCUCGUACAUAAAUCUUGGAAGACCUUGUAUGGUCUCAAUCACAGAGAUGAAAGGUUACAUAUAUUUUAGCAGCGAAGUAAUUGUGAGGGAAGAUUGUUACGUCACGGCUCUUCGAUUUCCUGUGAAGCUUGGCGAACGUUUUCCAAUGUACGUAUACGGGUAUAUUAACAAUUUCGACAACGAGCAUUUUUCGUUUGACACCGUAUGCAAUUCAGAGGGAGUAGCAGACCUGCAAACGAAGUUUUAUCUAGAAAAAUAUUGGUCAAUUCGUUUCUUUGCUUUUUUUUCUCUCGCUGAAAUUGUCGAACCCGAUAUCGAGUUUUCACAUCAACUGAGUUACUUUGUGAGCGACGAAGGAACAGAUGCCAGGAAAUUUGAAGACAAAUUUAUUACCUGUGACAGAAACCUUGUGAAUAAUAUUUACUUUUUGGUUGAUUUAUAUUUUUGAAAUCAAAAGUUUCCUUGGAAAAAAGUGAAAUCUAAAGGAGAAUAUAGUGUAAAGUUUAUUCGAAUAUGAUUAUUUCUUAUUGUAUCAAUGUAAAAUUUCCGCAAAAUGUGUGUGUACGUAAAUGGAAUAACGGUUUUUAUUGGGUUUACAGAUAACAAAAUUUAAUUUAAAGUGCUUAUUAAUGUAAUUUUUUUUGGAAAAGCAUAUUGUUAUUAGUUGAGUUGUUAUAAUUAAAAAUUUAGUAUUUAUAAAUAUAUCAUCAUCAACAAAGUUUAUAAUUGUCAGCAUUUGUAUGAUAAUUACGUGGGUGAUUUUAUUUGUUAUUGCAGUAGAUGUUCGAGAAAGAAAUAUAAUUACAUUGCUACAGAAUUAUUUUUUUUUUUCCUAUAUUAAUGAAAAUAGAAAUAU